GAAGGCUCCCGGGGGCACAAAGAUGGCGCUGCCCGUGCUGAGAGGGUGUCACAGGGUUUCAUCAACACUGAAAAUUACUCGUCUGUUUUUAAAUGAGAGUCCCGUCCUGAACCGGGGUGGGAGACCGCGGCUGCCCCCCCCUCCCGCGCUGCGGCCGUUCAGCUCGGCCGCCGGCGGGCAGCAGAACCAGAACCAGAAGGUGGUGGUGUUCGGCAUCCCGAACCCCUUCAUCUGGGUCCGAACCCGGAUGUACUACUUCCUGAUCCGAGUCUACUUUGAUAAAGAGUUCAGGAUCGAAGAGUUCUCAGAGGGAGCCAAGCAGGCCUUCUCACAUGUUUCCAGACUGCUGUCCAAGUGCCAGCUGGAUGCUCUGGAAGGACUGGUGGCUAAAGACCUGAUUGGGAAGCUGGAGGAGAAGCUGAACCUAAUGCCAUCCAACUAUAAGAAGGCUCUGUCUGUGGAGCCGGAGGAGAUCAUGUACACCACUCCUGGAGACGUGAGGAUCUACUACCAUGAUGACGGGAGAACAUUUGUCAGCAUUCUGAUGCGUUUCUGGUAUCUGACAAGCGCACGUCUCCCUGAGGACACCAUGGAGGGAACGCGGGUGUUCCAGGUGGCGCUCGGUGAGGAGGGAAAAGCAGAAACUAAGAGACUCCUGAGUGCAAACUAUGAAUUCCAAAGGGAGUUCACUAAAGGAGUGGCUCCAGCCUGGACUAUUACAGGGAUAGAGCACUCCAAGCUUUUGGAUUAAGAUGCUUUUGAUUUGACGCAGUGUUGCUGAUUGAAGACAUUAACCCCCUCAGUAUUUGCCUUCAAAUUGAGUUUUUACUUUUGAAUCGCACAGAGCAAAUGAUGAUGCUUCUCCUCACAGGGGUGUCAGAGGAAAGCACCAGGACAAAGGUGGAGUCAGACACUGUUCACUGUAGAGAAGACACAUGGCAACCCCCCCCCCCCCCCAAAAAAAAACAUCAGAACUUGUCUGGUUUUGUAUAUUUAAGAGUGUGGCCAGAUUCAUGUAUACGUUAUUUUCAAAUAAUUUGUAAAUGUAAACUAUGAUGUUACCAUAUGGAGGGGCUUGUUCUUGAAAACUCUCAUCUUGUUUUCUAUUUUUGAAGAUUUGUUUCCAUAAAACAAUGUCUUUCUUUUUUUCAACACAACCCAUUACAGUCAACUGAUUCAUACAUAUAUGCAUGUACAUGUACAGGUGUAUAUAUACUGUAUGUACCUUGUGUAUACAUGUGUUUGCAAAGAUUAAGGCAGCUUGAUAAAGCUGCAGCAGACCUUUGAUUGUUUUAUUAAAGAUUUGAGAAAUGAAAAA